GCAAGUAUUGGAACAAAUACAUACCUCACUUUCCGACCGCUGCAAAUCUCGUUCCCACCUUCGUUUACCAGCCAUGUCGAUGAAGGCUAUCGUCAAAUCCGUUCUUUCCGGUGACUCUUUGAUUCUUCGUGGUCGUCCCGGUCCCGAUGGCCAAGUCCCCAAAGAGAGGAUGUUGUACCUGGCUGACAUCACAGCCCCCAAGCCCGGCACGGCGACUAGGGAAGACGAACCAUGGGCUUUCGAGUCCCGAGAGUUCCUACGCACGCACGCUGUGGGCAAGGAAAUCACCUUUACGUCUACCCACUCCCUCCCUCCGAGUGAAAGGGACGAUAUUCCACGAGACAUAGGAAGUGGAGAGAUAGGGGGAGUCGAUUUGACGUCGGAGGUGUUGCGCAAUGGGUGGGCCAAACUGAAGGACCUCAAACGGGACCCAACCGAGGAGGACCUAAGAAGGAAGGAUCUGGAAAAUGAGGCGAAGGCGGCUGGAAAGGGUGUUUGGAAUCCCCACGGACCACAGGCCCGCUCUGUCAAUUAUACGAUGCCCACGGAUUCGCAAGGUUUCAUUUCGGAAUGGAAGGGCAAGUCUAUAGACGGCAUCGUUGAACAGGUGAAGGAUGGGUCUACUCUCCGGAUCCGCCUGCUUAUGCCGGAUGGCGAUCAUCAAUUUGUCAAUAUUGCUCUGGCAGGCGUUCGUUGUCCGCGCUCAUCUACGAGUAAGCAAGGGGAAACUGCUGAGCAAUGGGGAGAGGAGGCGAAAUAUUUCACUGAAUCUAGGCUCUUGCAACGAGCUGUGAAGGUUCAGUUGCUCUCACUACCUAGUCUUACCGCGACGCCUUUCCAGACUGGGCCUAACGCGUCUGCUCCUCCACCUGCGAGCAUUUUCAUUGGCAACGUGCUACAUCCUGCCGGCAAUGUCGCAGAACAUUUAGUAGGGGCUGGUCUUGCGCGUGUGGUCGACUGGCAUGCAGGCAUGCUCUCAGCCUCUGGUGCUAUGGAGCGUCUCCGUGCAGCGGAGAAGACCGCAAAGGAAAGACGUGCUUGUCUCUAUGCUAACACGGCCUCCGUGCCUGCUGCUAAGACGAACGGCACGGGUCAGCCGACCACCAAAGGCGACUCACAGUCAUUCGAGGGUGUUGUCACCAGAGUAUGGAGUGGUGAUCAAGUCUCAGUUCUCGAGCGUGACACAGGGAAGGAAAGGAGACUACAACUCAGUUCGACUCGGAGCCCGAAACUCUCAGACCCUAAGCAGGCACAUUAUGCCAACGAAGCUCGGGAGUUCCUCCGCAAAAAGCUCAUUGGAAAGCACGUCAGAGUUCACGUGGACUUCACUCGGCCCAGGGAAGGUGAAUUCGAGGAACGAGAGUGUGCUACAAUUCGUUACGGUGGUCACCAUGCCAACAUUGCGGAGCAGCUGAUCGAAAAAGGUCUCGCCAGCGUCGUCCGUCAUCGACAGGACGAUGAAAAUCGCUCCCCGGAUUAUGAUAAGCUGAUGGCUGCAGAACAAGCAGCUAUGGCGGAGGCUAGGGGUAUCCACUCUGGCAAGGAGCACCCUGCACCUAAGCCGCCUUUGAACAUUUCCGAAACUAAUUCGCGUGCUACGCAAUUCUUGAAUGGCUUCAAGCGCCAAGGGCGGAUUCCUGCGGUUGUGGACUAUGUCGCUUCAGGGUCUCGUUUCAAGGUAUUCUUGCCGAAAGAUAAUCAAGUCCUGACACUGGUUCUUGGCGGCAUCCGUGCACCUCGUACGGCUAGGAAUCUCUCGGAAAAAAGUGAACCCUUAGGUCCUGAAGCUGCCGAAUUCGCCACAAGGCGCUACAUGCAACGUGAUGUGGAGAUUGAGGUCGACACCGUGGAUAAGUCCGGCGGCUUCAUUGGCGCCUUGUACUUGAACAAGAAUGAAAAUGCUGCCGUAGCUUUGGUGAAAGAGGGACUUGCUUCUGUCCAUUCUUACUCCGCCGAGAGCUUGCCCUGGGCCAAACAACUAUAUGAUGCUGAGGCGGAAGCUAAACGCGAGAAGCGAGGUCUAUGGAAAGACUACGAAGAAGAAGAGGCCAAGACUCCCGAAGUUGAACAGUCUAACGGCGAAGCAGGCCCUCUUAAAACCGAAUAUCUGGAUGUCAUUGUCAGUGAUGUCCGUACCUCAAAUGGCUUUGGUUUUUCCGUGCAGAUCCUGAACACCGAAGGAAUCGCGUCUCUGGAGAAGCUUAUGCGUGAUUUCUCUCUACACUACCGGGCUAUGCCCCCCGUGCCCGGUUAUACUCCGCGGUCGGGAGAGCUAGUCUCAGCUAAAUUCUCUGAUGGGUCGUGGUACCGUGCUAAAGUCCGCCGAUCGUCACCUGUCAAAAAGGAGGCCGAGGUGACCUUCAUUGACUACGGCAAUCAAGAUACCGUGGCAUUUUCCAACAUUCGCCCUCUGGAUCCCAAAUUCAGGUCGCUCCCUGGCCAAGCUCAUGAUGCACGACUGAGUUUCAUCAAACUCGUCGCGCCUGAUAGCGAGUACUAUCCCGAGGCUAUCGACCGCUUUCGUCAACUCUGCGAAGGCAGGAAACUCGUCGCGAAUGUUGACCAUAGGGAGGGUCCUCUACUGCACCUGCGUUUGAUGGAUCCUACUGCAAACACUGAGCCUUUGGCCAGCAUCAAUGCCGACCUCCUCCGAGAUGGCUUGGCUUCCAUAGACCGCAAAGGAUGCCGCUACUUGAGUUCUUACCCGGCUGUAGAGAAGAAGCUAAGGGAGUCCAUCAAUUUGGCUAAGCGGGAGAGACUAGGGAUGUUCGAGUUCGGCGACGUGGAAGAGGACGAGUAGAUUGUCCCCCUCAAAACGCCAGGACCAUGUGUAAAGCUUUUGAAUAUAUUCAUUCUGGCGCUUCGCCAUCCG